GCGCAGCAGCUGCACCCCCUUCAUCCGCAUCAUCUGCCGCCACCACACGGCCAGUACGGCACCCCGCCCACACGGCACACCACCAUGGAUCUCGAGAUGGGGACCAAGUCUCGCCAGAGAAAGUCGCCUCUUCCGCGUGGCUACCCGCCCCCUUCGGCGAUGCUUUUCGAUGACGACCCGGGCAUUAUGUCCGAGGUGGAGACCUCCAGCACGGGAUUUCGACGGGGGGGCAAGCAGAGAAGCAGCCUGCCCGUCGUACGAACGCCCAGCAAAACUUUGGAGCGACCACUAGGAUUGGUGUUCCUGCAGUACAGGAACGAGACGAAGAGAGCGCUGCUACCGAACGAGAUUACCAGUAUAGACACCGUCAAGGCCCUUUUCGUCAGAAGCUUUCCGAAACAACUCACUAUGGAAUAUCUGGAUAGUCCUCACGUAAAAGUUUACAUACACGACAGCAACAAGGACAUGUUCUACGAACUCGAAGAUCUAAGAUCGCACCUGAGAGAUAUCAGGGAUCGCAGCGUCCUGAGACUUUUCGAGAGUGCCGACGGAGUGACGGGGAUGUCGCCGGGACCCUUGGGGGUGCCGGGAGGUGGUCUGCCUCCCCAUUGGGAAGAUCAGAGCUACUUCAGCGAGCCGGAAUUCGACAGCGAAUAUCAGCAUCAGCACAUUCACAAGAGCAAGACGGCCAAAAACUCGACGUCCGGCAGCAGCGGAUACUACGUGGGCGGAAGCAGCACCCUGCCGCGCGGUGGACCCCUUCUGAGGGCGUACAGCCCGGCGGCGUCGAGCGUCGUCGGGGGUCCAAGCGCGACCCCGACGCAGCCCAAGACUCUCACCACACCAGGUGUUGGCGGGGUGCCGCCGGCCAAGCCGCUUCGCAGCUACCAGUGUGGUAAGAGUCCCCUUGGAAGCCUCGGGGGCUCGGCGCGCUUCUCUAGAGACAGCUCGGUCUCCCUCUAUAGUAUACCAGAUCGGUUACACGGCGAGAGCGGAUACAUGAGCAGUCCCGAGCGCGGCGGCGGCGUCGGUUCCGGAAGCGGAAGAUAUCCACCCGGACCUUACAGCGCCGGCAGCAGCUAUGAGGAUCCGUAUUAUUCGCAGUACUCGGGGACUGUCACGCCCGUUAUCGACGAAGAAGCCAGGAUAAGGGUGGAGCACAUGGAAAGACAACUGGCCAAUCUAACCGGACUCGUGCAGAAAGCCCUGACACACGCGCCGCACACCAGCCCUUCGCCGCGAGAGUACUUGCAGGUCCCGCCGGGACGUGAUCCUUACGCGAGAGCAGCAGUGUCUCAACCUGCCGUUACAGAUGACUCGUACUUAAGGACUGACGUUAAACCGCCAAAAUUAGGCAAAGACAAGUCGGUGUCGUUUGAAAAGUCAGUGUCCUUCAGUGACGAGCCACCAGACAUGAACUCUCCCAAACAACAUUCCCCGCAACAUGCAGCGGACACAAAACCUACGAAACCGGCAAUCAAAUCCUCCACGUUGCCGAGGAUGUCGUCGCAAGAGAGAGACAGGCACAAGCCGACACCGCCGCCGAAACCGGCCGCACUGGUGACCGGCCAGUACGUGUACAGGGACCUGGCGCUCACGCCGGAGAUGUACAACCAGCUGAGAGGCUUGCAGAAGAAGGCGAAGGACCUCAGGCAAGAAGUGAGAAAUCUCAGGCGCAUGUCGCAGGCCCAGGCCCACACGGUGCGCGAGACCAUCAAGGACACGUUCAUCACGAUCAGGGCCAUGCUAUUGUCGGGAGGGGACGCAGCUUGGACGGCCGGGGACACGGAGAAGAUUCGACUGAGCCGCGAGGAAGAUCUCUACAAGCAGGAAAUGAUAAGGCUGGAAAAAGAUCUGACCGAGCUCGAGAGCACCGUGGAGGAGCUUCGCGGUAACGUGAUCAAUAGAAAGACGCGUGUCAAUAUGUCGGAUGUCGAGAACAUGGCUUUGAUAUUGAGUAAAUCCAGCAAAACUGUGGCCGAUCUGAAAGUACGAUUCCCGAAUUUGCAAGAGGGCAUGAAGAGCCUGCUGAGCUCCGAGAUGGAAAAAGUCGUGCGCGAGGAGAAGUUCCUGAAGGAAGAACCCGAACGACUGGAGUCCGCGUUGAGACGUUGCAAGAAACUCACCGGCACCCUCGUGACGCUCAAACGCUUGGCGUCGGUGCAAGAGCAGCGAUUACCAAACGCAGCGAGCGUAGACGCUGAGGACACGCCGCCUAUAACACCAACGACGGCACAGCAUUCCAAGAAAAAGCAUCCGCAGGGACGGCAUACUAUGAACGGGAAGAUGUAUCACGAUACACACGACACGUUCAAUCAUCCGGUACCGGACUACUUCCGGUCUGCACCACGCACCAAAUUGAAAAGAAAAUGUGCCUCUGUACAUACGACCAGGUGUACAUAAUCGAUGUGCGAUCUUCGAAGCUCUUACACGUUAUCGUUCUCUACACUCUUAUACGUCUAUGUGUGUCUGUGUAACGCCCGUCGUGUCUGCAAACGCGUAAGUAUUCUAUGUGUGUCGUUGUGUACUUUACUCACGUUGAAAAAGUCGCGCGGCACCUCGCGAGGUACCGGAACGAGCCGCACCACUUGGGGAUGCUUCUUCUCAACGAGAGCGCGCAAAGACAAAGCACGAAUCACCCUCCC